AUGAGCCGUCACUACGACCCAUCAGAGCCCAGUUCUGGACGCGAGAGUCCGGGCAGCUCCUCUCGACCCGGGACAGCGGACCAGGCAGAGGACACAUCCAAGAAGGGCAAGAAGAAGAAGGAGAAGCCAAAAAAGAAGGAAAAGCCGCCCAAAACCAAAUCGACCAACAAGAAGAAAGCAGACGAGCCUGACGAAGCCGAGAAAAAGGGCAAGAAGAACUGGCUGCUCAGAUUUGGUAAGAAAAAGGAUGAGAAGAAGGAGUCCAAAGCCGCCCUGCAGAGACAGAAGUCUGAUCUGCUCAGUGAUGUGGAGCUGGAGAAGAUGAAGGAGGAGAGAGAAAGAAUUGAAUCACACCACCCAGAGCUGCAUCCCAGAGAUCCACAUGCCAACUCUGCAUACCCUGAUGUCGAAGACGACGAUAUGGACCCAAACUACGCCCGCAUCCAGACCUUUCGAGAGCGCGGCGCCCCUUCCCCCUCACAGGGCCCUCACUACAGCUCCAGCCAACACCCUAGUGCCCGCACACCCUCUCCCCACGCCCCAGCUGCCUUCGCAGCUCACGGCAGUAACGGCAUGGACCCCCCGCCGGCCCUGGACGACGACCAGAUCGACCGACUCUACGCCAAAGUGAACAAGCAAAGAGCAGGAGGAGCAGCGUCUCCAGCGGUCCCUGUAUCCCCCAAUGAGAGUGUGGACCGGAUCCAGCAGCUCAGGAGGGAGUACCAGCAGGCACGCAGAGAGGGGGUGGUCCCUCCUUACGAAGAACUGGACCAGAGACGGAGAGCGCACGACGACCCACACCGGAUGGGAGGCAGAGACCCCCGCAUGGCCCCGCGAUAUGAAGAAGUGGAGCGACAGUACGCCUCGCUGCCCAGAAGAGGCCCCCAGGAUCCCUCUGAGUACAGCAUGCCUCAGCAGCAGCAGCAGCAGCAGUGGUCGGGACACUACCCUGGACCCCCACAGAAUCCUCAGUCCUACCCCCAGAGUCCUGCCUACAACCACACCUCCAACCCCUCCAUGGCCUACUCCUACACCCCAGGACCAGCGUACAGCAGGGACCCCCGAGCUGUGGAGGCCGGCUACUAUCCACACCCCAGCUCACAGCAGAGGGGUCCCCUGCGGCAGGACGUCCCGCCCUCCCCCACCCCCCCGCUCAGAGGCCUGCGCUACGACACCAUGACCCGCGGAGCUGUAGGAGGAGGCUACAGGUAG